CCACGUCCCCAAAGGCUGUGCAGGACGCCGAGCUGGGUGGCGGACAGCACGCAGCCGGGCCGCAGGUCCCUCAGAGCCGCGAGCACGCCCGGGACGCAGACGCACGGCGGACGGCCGCGGCCGGGGCGCGCGAAGCGGGAAAUGGAAGCGGAUUGAGUCCUCUCGCGUCCCGUAGUCGCGCUCGGACACCGGGACCGGCCGCCGGGAUCGCCAGCCGCCGCCCACCGUCGCCAGUGAGCAGCGCGCCCGCCCGGGGGUAAAGUAUACCACUUUCAAUCUGGAGAACCGUCAAAUGAAGAAACGUGCUUAAAAUUCGACAUCAUUUACAGAAGAGAGACCUGAUCAGCUUUAAGAAAGAAAGAAGAAUGUUGUCCUUAAAUAACCUACAGAAUGUCAUCUACAACCCGGCAAUCCCCUAUGUUGGGACCAUUUCUGAACAGUUGGAGCCUGGAAGUUUGAUUGUUAUACGAGGACAUGUGCCUAGUGAUUCGGACAGAUUCCAAGUGGACUUACAGUGUGGAAGCAGUGUGAAGCCUCGCGCCGACGUGGCCUUUCAUUUCAACCCACGUUUCAAAAGGACCAACUGCAUCGUGUGCAACACUCUGAAAAACGAGAAGUGGGGUUGGGAAGAGAUCACGCAUGACAUGCCUUUCAGUAAAGAGAAGUCUUUUGAAAUUGUGAUCUUGGUGUUGAAAGACAAAUUCCAGGUGGCUGUCAAUGGAAGACACAUGCUGCUCUUUAACCACAGGAUCAGCUCUGAAAAUAUUGACACUCUGGGCAUUUAUGGCAAAGUGAAUAUUCACUCAGUUGGUUUUAACUUCAGCUCGGAUUUAAGAAGUACCCAAGUACCUUCUUUGGAACUGACAGAGAUAAAUAAAGAAAAUGUACAAAAGUCUGACACGUCACACUUUACUCUGCCAUUCACUGCCAGGUUGAACAUCCCAAUGGGCCCUGGACGAACUGUCGUGAUUAAAGGAGAAGUGAAUACAAACGCCAAAGGCUUUCAUGUCGAUCUGAUAUCAGGAAAAUCAAAGGAUAUUGCUCUCCACUUGAACCCGCGCCUGAAUAGUAAAGCAUUUGUGAGAAAUUCUUUUCUUCAGGAGUCCUGGGGAGAGGAAGAGAGAAAUAUUACCUGCUUCCCAUUUAGUCCUGGGAUGUACUUUGAGAUGAUAAUUUAUUGUGAUGUCAGAGAAUUCAAGGUUGCAAUAAAUGGUGUGCACAGCCUGGAGUACAAACACAGAUUUAAGGAGCUUAGCAAUAUUGAUACGCUGGAGAUUGAUGGAGAUAUCCAUUUACUGGAAGUAAGGAGCUGGUAGCUGACGUGACUGCUAAACACAGAAAUACAAAAUGGCGUAUAUAAUGCUGGCCUCGUUCCUGUGCAUCUCACUCUGAUUCCAUUAUUAACGUAUAUUGUUAACAUGAGCUUAUGUAAUGUGAAGCUGGACUGGGUGUUCCUUGCCAUGCAGUGUGGCUUUGUCUGGAAUGAAGAAAUCUGGGGUAACAGUAACUUCUUGCUGUUACGGUGAUUCUGCUCACCCUUGCACCCUGGUUGCUUCUUGUUUAAAUUUGCUUCAUAUCCAACAAGUGUUGAUGGCAUGCCCACCAAGUGUGGCCGAUAGGCGCUGAGCACUGAUCCUUGUUAGCACUGUGACUGUGCCAGGAGUGAGGGGAGAAACACACACUGGUGUGGAGAACGACCAGUCUGUCAAGCUCAAACUUCUCCGUACACUCGUUUUUAUUUACAGGUAUUGCACAAACCCACCAGGGACUUGAAAGCAUUACUCAGCUAUUUAAAUCGCCCUAACUUAAAGACUCUACUUUAGUGAUCACCUUCCUAACCACUGUUUUUGAUGUUGAGAAAUACGUGUGGCUCCAUCUUUCCUCCAUCCCCUCCCCUCCCCACGCUCCCCCCUCCCUCUCUCGUUCCUUCUAACACCCAGUGGUGCUGGGGAGGGCCAAAACUACUGUGUUUGAUGUUGAUAAUACAUAUGGCUAUUUCCUUUCCUUCUUCUCUCCCUCUUUCCUUCCUUCCUACACCUGGUGGUGCUUCAGAGGCCUUUGUGCUCACUUGUUUGAGAGGCUGCUAGGGGACCGUGAAGUGCUGGGUAAUGAACACAGGCCUCCUGCGUGUAAAGCACAAGUUCUAGUCCUUUGAGCUCUCUCCUAGCCCUGGCUUUGACUUCAGCAUUAAUAACUACCUGAAUACAAUCCUCAAGCACUUAUCAGAUAAAUAAUGAUACGGAAUUUGAACAUAGCACAAAGAUUAGGCGCGUGCAUGUGCACACAUACACACACACAGGCAAAACAAAAACUACUGUUGAAGCUAAUAUGAUGUCAGUUUGAAGUUUUGCACUAAUACUUAUUUUAGAACAUUUGAAUUAAUGGCUGGAGAGACAGUACAGAGCUGUUGAGGCACUUGCUUUGCACGUGGCUGACCCUGGUUUUUAUCCUAGCACCCCAUUGGGUCCCCUGGACACUGCCUUUGGUCCUUGAGUGCAGAGCCAGGAGUAAACUCCUGAGCACUUCCAGGUGUGAUGCCCAAACAAAGCAAAACCAAAAAAAUGAAACCUGAGUUUACAGUAAAUCAAAGGUCUGCUCGUACUUCUCCAGAAGGUUUUAAGAUCGUGGCCAGAUGAAUGUGGCCUGUGAGUUUAUGGGUAACAAGAUGAGAUAUAAAUGUUUGUAAAACAGCCAUAUCAGAAAUAUAUGAAGACCGUGGGAGAGGUCACCCAAGAGUGUCAUUGGUUCACACAAACCUUUCCACCUCUGCUCUUGCAAAGAUCAGUCAGUCAUCAUUAGGCUGAGAUCAAAACAUUGUUCUACUUUAAGUGAUUAAAAUCAAACCUGUAUCAGCAAGUUAAAUUGUUGCAUUUCUGUAAUUUUUUCUAUUCUUUGAAGCAGGUUGGCAGAAGUUCUUUAUAGAAUUCUUACACGUCAGAUCUUGUUACAGGAAAUUUCAAAGGCUUGGGAGUGGGGAGGUAAAGAGCUAAAUUAGUCAGGUUAUUUCAUGAUAUUAAGUUGCUGGGCUAAAUUUUGCCAGGAUUAUGGUUAAAUAUUAUUUGUAUCCAUACAUUGGAAAGAUACUAUUACCAAUCUUAACACUUUGUAUCUGUGGAAACUUCUAAUACUUAAUUCUUUUCCAUCUGUUCAUGUUAGUUUAUUAUGCUGGGCCUGGUGAAGCUCAAAGAAAUCACUGGGGGAACAGGGUGAGAAUUGAGUUCUGAUGUUAGAAGGUCAGAAGGCUCUAAAAUUCCUCAAAGUUGCUAUUUUUUUCAUAAAGACAUCAAGAGGUUAAAGAUCGAGGUCUUGGGGACUAUAGGUCACUUAAGUGAAAGUUAAAGUCCAUUUACAAUGUUUCUUUUGAGUUUAAACAAUACGUGUUCAUUUUCUUUACACAGACUAUUACUAAGACUAUGAUUCUUUGGUAGAAUACAAAAUGUCAAAGUGUGUUUUGGGUAAGAAACUGUUAGCAUUUAUUAAUGAAUUCCGAGACCUUUCUUAAUGAAAAGUAUGCAUACCUAUCAAGUUACGUUAAAUUGCAAGCCACGCUUUUUGCUUUGUCACAAUUCUGCACCAAAUUUCUAUAUUAAAUAGCGCAAAGGAAUUCAAACUAAUUCAGACAUUCUGUGGGGCAAUUCUUCAGAUACCUUAAAAUGCAUAAUUGAAAAUAAAUAAAAUAAAGGCUUAUUUGUUUAAUUUUA